AUUAUAUUUAUAUCAAUACCAAAAUUAAUAUAAUUUAUUUAUUAUUUUGUGUAUGUGUAUUUCUAUUCGUCAAUACUCUGCCAAGUUUGAAGUUGUACAAGUGUCAAGCAUUAAAGUACCAACUGGCUACUUACAACUCAUAAGCCAACAGACAGCAUUUAAAAUGGGUAAACAAGAAAAUAUUUUUUUGUUUGUGCCAAAUUUAAUUGGAUAUGCCAGAAUAAUUCUAGCUAUUGUUUCAAUUUACUUUAUGCCAACCAAUUACAAAGUUGCAUGUAGUUGUUAUGUAAUAAGUGCAUUAUUGGAUGCUUUUGAUGGUCAUGCAGCUCGAGCAUUUAACCAAAGUACUAAGUUUGGAGCUAUACUGGAUCAACUGACCGAUCGCUGUGGAACUAUGAGUUUAUGUAUUGCAUUGUCUAAUUUUUAUCCAAAAUAUAUGUUUUUGUUUCAACUUAGCUGUAUUAUAGAUAUCGCUUGUCAUUGGAUCUAUUUGCACUCAUCAAUUUUGCAAGGUAAAACUAGUCAUAAAUUUGUAGAUAUGUCUGGAAAUCCGAUAAUGAAAUGGUAUUAUACAUCAAAACCCAUACUGUUUUUUAUGUGUGCUGGAAAUGAACUAUUUUUUGCAUCAUUAUAUCUGUGCCAUUUUAUUACAGGACCAAUGAUUGUAGGUCAUGGCUUAUUUAAGUUAUUAUGCUGGUUUUCAAGUCCAAUAAUGCUCGUUAAAACAUUAAUAUCAUUAAUUCAUUGUUAUGUGGCUAGUAUAAAUUUGUCUAUUAUUGAUAUGAAUGAACGUAAAGAAAAACAAUAGGUUGCUAGUAUGUGUAACAAAAAAAAAAAAAAAAA